AUGUAUGGCUCGCCUGAACCAAGACGCGGACACGAGCGCAGGAGGCGCCUGGCGUUGGGUGGAAGGCGAUCACCAGAGCUGCGGCGAGAGGAAAGAGGGAACGACCGCGGUAGGGGGCAUGCACAGCGCUCGCCCGCACGGCAGCGGCAGGAGGAGGGGGAAGCGCGUGUUAAUAGGAGUGAGUGUUUGUCGCAGUACAUCGCGGGGGCGGAUGCGAGAGCACGCCGUAAAGGAAUGAAAGAGUACCCGUGCGCAGGAGCAGGGUUGGUGCUGGAGCCUGACGGAGAGGCAACGGGGAGACAAGAGAGAGAGAGACACAGGAGGAGGGAUGAGGAAGAGCGCUGCCAGCGAGAUGUGUCCCCAAGGAAGGACUCGGGAAGUGCCAAGGGAAGGGUAAGAGAAUAUCAUGGGCGCCGAGGAGCAGGCGGACGAGGGAGGCGGUGUCAAGAAGAUUCCCCUGAGGGUAAGGAAGGGAGGGAGAAGACGAAAUGGAGUGAUGAGGAGCUGUGUGAAGCGAAGGAACAUGAGUAUAGUGAAGAGGAGGAAUAUGGGUAUAAUCUGGAGCGGCGCCGACGCAGGAAGCAGGAGAGGCGUGAGAAGGCGAAUCACUCAUUAGAGCAGCAGCGGGGGCGGGCGGAGGAGCAACAGGAAGUGCGCGAGGACGAGUUCUCACCUGAUCCGUGUUGGCAGCGCGGAGGAGGGCGGAACGGAGGGUCGCGCUCGCGUGAGGUGCGUCAGCACCAUGAUGGGAGGCAGGGGGGCGGGUCGCGCUCGCCUGAUCGGCAUGGGCAACAUGAUAGACGACAGACUGGCGGGUCUGGCUCACCUGAUCUGUGGCGGCACUACGCGGGAAGGGCAAGGGGUGAGACACGUUCGCCAGGUCUGCAGCGCAAGCAGGGAGGGAGAUGGGAGGAGUGGCAUCUGCAAGACAGUCGUCGCGGGCACGGAGGGAGAAGGGACGAGAGAUCCCCUUCGCCCGAGAGGCACUGGCAGCGAGGAACGCAUAGAGAAGGCUGGGCGAGGGCGCAUUACUCGCCAGAGAGGCAGUCGGGGCGAGCAGGAGCACGGAUGAGUGCGGAGGACAUGCGAAGGGAGGUGGGACAGGACCAGCACGGACGCGAAAGGGGAGGCGGCGGGCUGGCAUACAGCACGGAGCGCGCCAGAGUGGCAAGGGAAAGAAUCAAGAGGGCAAGGAAGAGGGAGUCAUCAGGAAGGCAGGCGAGAGGACUGAAAGUAGCAGAAGCGGAAGGGAGGUAUGAGAAGGUGAGAGCACAGGCGUGCGUACCAGCAGCGGCAGAAGCGGAAGGGGAGAACGAGAAGGUGGGGGCACAGGCGUGCACAUCAGCAGUAGCAAAAGUUGAAGAGAAGGACGGGAAGGUGGGGGCACAGGCGUGCACAUCAGCGGUAGCAAAAGCGGAAGAGAAGGACGGGAAGGUGGGGGCACAGGCGUGCACAUCAGCAGUAGCAAAAGCGGAAGGGAAGGACGAGAAGGUGGGAGCACAGGCGUGCACAUCAGCAAUAGCAAAAGCGGAAGGGAAGGACGAGAAGGUGGGGGCACAGGCGUGCACAUCAGCAGUAGCAAAAGCGGAAGGGAAGGACGGGAAGGUGGGGGCACAGGCGUGCACAUCAGCAGUAGCAAAAGCGGAAGGGAAGGACGGGAAGGUGGGGGCACAGGCGUGCUCAUCAGCAGUAGCAAAAGCGGAACAGAAGGACGAGCAGGUGGGGGCAGAAUCGGGUGUAUCAGCAGCAAUUGGAGCGGAGGAACGGGACGAGCAGGUGGGGGCAGAAGCGGGUGUAUCAGCGGCAACUGGAGCGGAGGAACGGGACGAGCAGAUGGGGGCAGAAGCGGGUGUAUCAGCAGCAACUGGAGCGGAGGAACGGGACGAACAGGUGGGGGCAGAAGCAGGUGUAUCAGCAGCAACUGGAGCGGAGGAACGGGACGAGCAGGCGGGGGUAGAAGCGGGUGUAUCAGCAGCAACUGGAGCGGAGGAACGGGUCGAGCAGGUUCAGGUGUAG